UCGUGGUGACGUACACCUGUGUCCUAAUCAGGCAAAGGUGUUGGGUAGCUAGGCGGUCCUGUACUUCAGAAGUAUCAUGGCGGUCGGGUGAGAAGGAGUGUCAGUGUUUCUGUGCGCGGACUUUACUUCUGUCGUCUGACAGCGUUCUCCCAUGGAGUUUGCCUCCUCCCGAGAGACCAGAUCGUCUUCCUCCUGCAACAACGGCUACGUGCCGGCAUUAGUACGGCCGCUCGAGCCGGGGAGGGAGGGUAGCAGGCUCGCCCUGCUGCUGCCGUCCCCCGAGUUGGGGAUGCUGCCCCGAUGGGGCUGGGGGCUGGCGCUCGGCGCCCUGCUCGCGUCGCUGUGGUGCGAGUCGCCGUGGCAGCUCGCUCGGGGCCUGGUAGCCGUCCUCUUACCGCUCUGCAGCGUGACAUGGGCCUUCUGCGGGCUCGCCUUCUACUACCGCCGGGCCUGGAGAGACUCCAACGUCUACCUGAUGUUCGGUGGGCUCUGCCUGGUCGAGUUUUUCGUACAGGUAACCCUAGGAGAGACAAUAGGUCUUCACCUGUUUAUGUGGACACUUGUAACGUUUCUCGGCCUCACGGUGCUGUUUCCGCUAGUACGGAACACGCAGUACACCUCGGUCGGCCUGAGCCUCAUCGGCCUGAGAGUUAUCCUCGGACUCAACCCGGACUCGCUUCCCGGGUUCGUGCGACCCUUCGUUGGGUACGUUUGUUGCCUGUGCGGCUACGUCCUCUCACGCUACCUCGAAACUGUGGUGAAGUCAUCCAUGCAGUUCACCGCCGCCGAUCCGCGGAUUUCCGUCAUGAGGCGAAGACGAAGCAGCCAACCGCCACCACCGAGCAGCCACCACAGGCAUCGAAGAACGUCCCUUCCCGCGUUGUCACAACGAAAUCAGCUUCACAGUGUUGUGGAUACUGAGUUGAUGAGAGAGGCCCACGGGAUGGUAACAGACAUGCUGACGGACCCCUGCCUCCCCCCUACUGUCAUCAGUGGGCUACGCACCAUCAGUAACCUCCUCAGUCCACCCUCUCAAUACUCACACAAGCCCAAGCAGCUGAACUAUCUGGUGGAACUGGCAGAAACUGGGAACAUUUCUGACACAGAGGAGUCCCUAUCUCCGUACACAGGGGAACGGCCCUCUGCACUACCUAAGAGAUUGCGUCGCAGCCUGCCGAUCAGCUUGAUUCGGCGUAUGUCAACCACGUGGACAACCACGACGUCAGCCACCGGCAUGCCCACCCUGGAACCUGAGCCGUCACGCAUGCGCAGUGCCAGUUUGAGGCAACCCCGAGAGGGACCUCCAGUAACCGGCAACAGCAUGGGUUACAUCAAACCUCGCUCGUUUUCCACGUCCGCGUCCUCAGCGUUCGGCUCGAUGCCGUUAAACGCGCCGUUCCGGCGAGGGCGCGGCUCGUGGGCGUCGGGAGACUUCUCGCCAACGCGACCAAUCCCGUCUCCGUACUCGCGCACCCUGUCGGAUGAGACUGACCUGAUCAGGAGACGGUACCAGUCCAGUCUGGAGAACUUUGUGGCGGAGAAACAGGAAAAACGAGAGACGGACUCCCCGGGGAGACAGGUCACAUCAGACUACGACAGCGCCGACGCGAACAACAGCGACAGCAGCGACAACCUGCCACAGGGAGAGGAGGGGCCGAUCGUGGAGGCCGACCGUCCAGACGGAGUAUCGGAAGAUGAUACCGUGACGCAGAGUGAGAGUAAAGAAGAUGAAACUGAAGAGGCCUUGUCUAUGGAGGAGUACCUUAAAACUGUAGAUGACAAUUCUAUGAUGGAACGUCUGUAUGAGUGGGACUUCCCAGUGUUUGAAUUAGAACUGGAGUUCAAGGACUGUAUCCUCAGUAUGAUGGCGUAUCGAGUUUUCCAGGACACAGGCCUGUUUGAGGCAUUCCGUGUGCCCAAGCAGGAGUUCAUGAGUUACUUCAGGGCUCUGGAAAAUGGUUACCGUGAUGUUCCAUAUCAUAACAGGGUGCAUGCUGCAGACGUGCUGCAUGCGUGCUGGUGGCUGACGACCCAGCCCAUCCCUGGCUUCACUCAGGUCCCACUGGAGGAGGACGAACCUGUCAGCAAAGAUCCAAACACGUUGACCCCUCCCCCGACCCCCGGGCUCCGUACGCCACGGGCGAGCUUCACGGGGGUGGAGGAGAGCUACGGCAUCCUGGGAAUGAACUUCCCGGCGCUGGAACUGAUGGCGCUGUACGUCGCGGCCGCCAUGCACGACUACGACCAUCCCGGGAGGACCAACGCCUUCCUGGUGGCAACCAGCGCUCCGCAGGCGGUUUUGUACAAUGACCGGUCAGUCCUAGAGAACCACCAUGCAGCAGCAGCCUGGGCCCUGCUGCUCUUCAGACCCGAGCUCAACUUCCUCUGUCACCUGGAGACCGCCGAGUUCAAACGCUUCCGAUUCCUGGUCAUCGAGGCCAUUCUUGCCACCGACCUCAAGAGGCACUUCGACUUCCUCACCGAGUUUAAUGCAAAGUUGGCAGCCUUGAACGCUACUCCUAGUGAUACCAGUUCUGAGUGCUCCUUCAGUGAGGUUAAAGAGAAGGCAUCUGUAGGCUACUCCUACAGUUUAUGUCCCUUCAUUCACAUGAACGAAGACGACUCACCCGGAAUAGACUGGCGCAACGAGAACGACCGGCUUCUCGUGGUGCAGAUGUGCAUCAAGCUGGCGGACGUCAACGGACCGUGCAAGGCGGAAAACCUGCACAUCACGUGGACCAACCGGAUUGUUGCAGAGUUCUAUGAACAGGGUGAUGACGAGGCGGGGCGUGGCCUCCCCAUCUCUCCCUACAUGGACCGUAACAAGCCGUUCCUGGCGCGGCUGCAGGAGUCCUUUAUUAACCACCUCGUGGCGCCUCUCUGUAACGCCUACGCCGCGGCGGGGCUGCUGCCUGGGCACUGGGUGGAGGAGGAGGAGGAUUUAAGUAGCACGUCAGGCAAAGUGGAGGCAGAAAAUGAAGCUUCACCUCCAGAAGAGGAUGAUGACUCAGUUGAUGAUGAUGCCACCUGCCUGAAGAAGGAACUGCAGCCUCGUAAGGUCACCAGCCCGCUCACCGAGAACAUCAAGCGCAACCACCAGCGCUGGCUCCAACUGCUUAAAGAAGAAGAGAAGGAAGAACAACAGUCCGCAGAGCGCGACGACAGCAAGCGCGAGUUCGGCGCAGUUCCCGAGGAGGGGGAAGAAAGUCGCGAAGAACACCCCGAUAGUUUUGAUAAAGACUUCAACAAUGAAGCUGGCAAGGUGGACACUUUGGGUACUGAAGAACAAAACACGCAAGCACACUCCAGGGCGAGGUCGCUCGAGGGAGAGAAACGGCGCAUCAUCUUCGAGAGCGGAACGAUACAAAUAACGGAGGAGUCGACGAUAGAAGACACGGUGGCGACAGGUCUCGUCUCGCAGAUAAUGGAAGACACAAGGACAGAACUGAGAAACGUUGUAGGUUUGACGGAACAGGGAACAACAACGACAACAACAACGACGCAGGAAUCACACGCUGUUCAACAGAGACUUGAGUCCACAGACACUGUAGAAGAGGUGGAGUCAACGGAGAGGUAACUUUCUGAAAACUGGAGGAGUCUCUUCCCUCAAUGUGUGUUGCAGUCCUCAAAGUAGAGAAUACGGUCACAAAAAAAGCUGUCAUCACUGUAUGAUAAGUAUUGUAGGAGCUGAGUUUUUGAGACACAUAUCAGAUAAACAAUUGUUUUGUGGGAACAGUCAACAUACUCAUCUGCAGUGCAACUUGAAAUGGAUAGGGGGAGCUCUUGUUCAUGUACCAGUAAUUGUUUUUUAUGUUACAGGGACCAACUUUAGCCAUGACUGUAGAUAACAUGUUUGUAUCACUUUUUUUAUGUAUCAUCGAGAAAAUAUCAACGAGACAUAUUUUCAUCAUAUUGAAUACUAAUCAUUUUUUCUUAUAUCAUAAAGUUAGCUUUAUCUUUGCUUAUACAUACAUGUAGUUUUAAAACAAGGAAAAAAGGACUGUUUCUGAAUUUUAUUCUGAUGUAAGCAAGCUUCCUAUUAUGUGCACCGUAUUCUCUCAAUUUUCUAGCAUUCCAACAAUGAAAAUACCUUACAUGAGCAGUCAAUAUAUAUGAUAUGGUGAACGUACUUCAAUAUACAAAUGUAUUGCUAUUUAUCAAGAUAUACUAUAGGACAAUACAUGUAUAUUCUGGCGAGUGAAUUUGUGCCUGUAUAUUCCAGCCUCUAGGUUAUAGGGAAUUCGUAGAUGCCUAGCUGCUCGUUGGGUGAAAUUCUAUGUUUACACAUAAUGUUGUGAUUGUAUGUAUGAAAUAUAGGUUGUCAGGUAUAUAAUUAUCGUCAUAUAUGUUUAUAUCCAACUAUUUUUGUUCCAGACUUUGUAAGUUUAUGACUAUUCACAUUCCAGAAUCUUUUUGCAUUAGGGGAACGGGUCGUACCAUUAUAUAGCAGUUUUUGUUUUUCCUCAGAAAAAAAGACUGUAUUACGUACACAUUUAUACUGAUAUCUAUAUGCUAUAUGUAGAUUUAUACUAUGAGCACUAUAAUGAUUAUUUGGAGAAAGAUUGCAGGAAUCUAUUUAGAAUUGCCAGAUAGCAUAUUGCCAUACAGUAUACAUCCUGUCUAUUGUAUUAUGCAGAUUUAAGAUAUAUCCCGCAUAAAUGAAUUUUGAAUACUUCCAAUAGAUUUAAAUAUACAGCUUUGAAAAGACACAAUGACAAUUAAGACAAAAAAGACAAAUUAUUAGCAGCCGGCUAGGUGAAUGUAAAUAUGAUCAUGAGAAUUUUAGUGCCAUAAAAUAAGUUUGGAAAGUACCAAACAGACAGUUUUCCAAGAUCUGCCAUGCCUAAAUGUUCUUCAUUUUCCAAGGUUCAAAGAAUCAAACAGGUGUUUAACAAUACCAGGAUUGCUAGUAGAAAGUUAUAUGCUUUAUUCUCUGGAAGAACUAUAGGAAAAAAAGCUUUGUUCCAUUUAACAUAUUAUGGUGUUCAUGGAAACAUAUCAAACAAUGAAGAAUAAUACACUCCCUAUAAUGAUUCUAUUUUUAGCAGAGAAUGUGCUUCAAGAUAUGUAUAUAGAUAUAGACAUUAUGGAACAUUAUGUAUGUGUAUAAUGUUUAGGAUUUUGAAGAUUGUGUAGAAACUAUGGAAACAUUUCAUUCUCCAAAAGUUUGAAAGUACAAAAGGAGUACAUUCCUUAAGUCAGUCAAUCAAGAGAGCAGCAAAAUUUCCCAACCAAUCAGAGCAUUACACAGAUUAUCAGCAGAUUUUAUGCAGCCAAUCAGGACCCUUUGUUGGAAUUCUUGUCCCUGAUUGGCUAAAGCUUUAUGUAGAUGAGUCUCAGAUGCACUAGGACAAAAGUAUAGUGAUGAGAGAGUGUUACAGUAAUUGCUUGACAUUUUCUGAAGAAACUUUUCUUCAAAGAGGCAAAAAUGUGAACUGCUAACUUCAGUGCCAACAUGGAUUUCAGUGUUAAACAUUACAGGAACAUUCCAUUAAGAAGACAAGAAUAGAUUUAGUUAACUGUUAGGUUUUGACACCAUAUUACUAACCUAAGCCCUGAUUGAACCCUUGUUGUACCCCACAUUUAACCAGUGCUUCGAAAGAAAACGAUACUUAUAAUUAUGUAUUAUAGGAAAUUGUCAAAAAUGUUUAAUUUUGACAACUCUAUGAAUCAGUUUUCCAAAUCUGUCAUAACUGGGAACAUGUCUGGUGACAUCACAGAAUCUUGUGCACACAUGUGCACAUAUUUUAGUGAUGUCACUGAUAAAUUGUGUUCUACUGUAAGAUAUGUGCUAUCUGUCACAUUUCCAUGCUUUGUUGCUUAUUGUGAAAAAUUCAUUCUAUGUGACUAAACAAAGAAUAGAGGACUUAUUAAGAAUAAUUAUAGUGAUGCCAGCAUAUGAAUUAUGAGGCUUGAACAUUUAAGUUUUUCUUAUAAUUUUUGUGUACUGCUUCUGUUUUUUUUCCUUGGUAAUUUUACUCAAAGGGUAUCUAUAAACAGAGUAGACUGAACAACUAUGUCACAGGGUAUAUAUUUUCCCAUAGCCAUACUUCUUCGCUUCUUUCUCAGAACUGUUAAAUCUUGCCCUACGCACCGAAAGUGACCAUAGUAUUACUUACAAUACAAUACACAAAGCCUGGGUGAAAGUGGAAGAUUCUCACUUUCAGUUUUUAAGAGUGAACAUUUUCUCAACAAAUAGGGGACAUUUGUGUACCUUCAAAAUGGCUGUACAGUUCAUGUAGUACAUUUGGUAUUCUAACAGAGGACUAGAUAGGGACAAGAAAAAAUCAGUGACAUCUAAUUUUCUCAAUAUAGUUUUGGGCAGCAAAAUUUCAAACCUGGGUCUUUCUUUACUACUAACGCAUAUUUUUUUUCUUACAUAUUUCACUCAUACCUAUCCAGCUGUUUAUACCUCUUGUCUUAGCAUCGGUGAUCACUUGUAACUUAUUCAGAUUUCUGUCUUGUGCUGUUUUAUGACUUAAGACGUGCCAAGUAUGUAUGGGUAAAGUAAUUAUGAUUGCUACAUACUUAGACAUAUGUUCAGUAUGACUAUAACAUUACUUUCUUCAUUAUGUGAGAAUGCUUCCUUCCACUGUCAAUUGUACAUAGGCACUGUCUUUGUGUAAAGAGAUGUUAUGUUGUUUAGAUUUGUUUUUAAGUAGUUUUGCAGAUAAGAAUAGUUGUCUAAUGAAAUGUGAUAUGCAAUUCUGAAUCACCCAGCGUUAUGUGGUUAGCUUGUUCUGUUCUAUAUCACAUUGAAUCGUGUGAUUUACGAAGAAGCACCCUUGAGUAUAUAUGUAUACGUGUGUGUGGUGUUUUUGUUGUAUAUUACGGAUGUCUUAUACUUGUGUACUACUAUGAAAGACACUUGCCUCCUGUUAUGUACAUGUAUGUAUGUGUACAGUA